CAGUACUUAACACACUACUAAAUAAAACACAUUCACCAUCAUCAUCAUCAUCAUCAUCAUCAUCAUCAUGUUGAUACCUGCUCCUCCUUCUUCUUCUAAACAACAUCAUGACAAUGGUGGUGGUCUUCCUCGGUGGCUGCAAGUGCUUCUAACAGAGAAGUUCUACAACGCUUGCAUAGUUCAUGAAGAAGCAAAGAAGAAUGAGAAGAACGUUUAUUGCUUGGAUUGUUGCAUCACUCUCUGCCCUCACUGUUUAGCCCCACAUCGCUCUCACAGACUCUUGCAGAUUAGAAGGUAUGUGUACCACGAUGUUAUAAGGUUGGAUGAUGCUGCAAAGUUAAUUGACUGCACUUCUGUUCAAUCAUACACAACGAACAGUGCAAAAGUGGUGUUUAUAAAAGAAAGGGCACAGACAAGGAACUUUAGGGGUAAUUCCGGCAAUUCGUGCAGUACUUGCGACAGAACCCUGCAGGACCCAUAUCAAUUCUGCUCUCUCUCUUGCAAGAUCAACUAUCUUAUUGGAAGUAGGGGUAGUCUCUCCGGGUACCUAUAUGAGUGCAACUAUUUGCCCUUCAAUGAAACCGGGUUUGAUGAUGGUCAACUGACAACUGACUCGGUUCUUGAACCGGCUGGUUCAGUUUGGACCUCAUCCGGUUCAGGUGGAUGUGUUGGUGGGGUUGAUUGUAAGACCACCCUUGCUUGCACUGCCACCACAGAAAUUGUGAGAAAAAAGCGAAGUUCCGGUUCGGCUAGUCGUCCAACCGCACAGGUUUGUCGACCGGUUCAUGACAUUUUGGUUGGUCUUCCGAACCGGAGGAAAGGGACCCCACAGAGGGCCCCUCUUUAUUAAGUGAUACUAUUUUCCACUGAGGGUGGAGAUUGUGGGGGAAAAUUUUUCUUCAAUUUUAUUUGAUGGUAGAAAUUG